AAUUUGGUAGUGGGGGCUAUGGCGGAACGAAUUCUUAAGAGUGAGUGCAAAUAAGAAAUGUAAGAAGAGCCUGCUGGGGAGAGAAGAGAAGAGACUGUGAAAAAGAAAAGGAGCAGGCGAGCGAAGCUAGGUACUGGGCGUCCUCAAACGCCAUUGUAUUCUUCGUAAAGGGUUUUGAACUCCUUCGAGUUCUUCCAUUCAGAAAAAAAAAAAAAAAAGAAGAAGGGAAAAAAAAGGAGGUGGAGGAAGAGGAGGAAACCAUCUCAGCUUGUGGCUAUACUGAAAACAACAUUAUAAAAAAGUUACUGUUAAAGGAUGGAGGAGGCACCCUCUUGCUCAUCUAUUUUAGAUGCAGAAAUAGUGGGAAUAAGAUUUUCAUUGGCCAAUGGCCAAGAAAUUUGUAUUGCAGCUAUCAGUGACUGCCCUAUUACCCAUGCGAGUCAGCUGUCAAAUCCAUUUCUUGGUCUGCCAAUUGAAUUUGGAAAAUGUGAAUCAUGUGGUACUUCUGAACCUGGGAAGUGUGAAGGCCAUUUUGGAUAUAUUGAAUUACCAAUCCCCAUUUAUCAUCCCAAUCACAUUACUGAAUUGAAGAAGAUGCUAAGCUUGCUGUGUUUGAAGUGCUUAAAAAUGAAAAAAACCAAGUUUCCUUCAAAGAAUAUUGGUUUUGCAGAAAGAUUGUUAUCCUCAUGUUGUGAGGAUGCUUCACAAGUUACUAUUCGAGAGGCAAAAAAAGCAGAUGGUGCUAGUUACUUACAAUUAAAAGUACCAUCUAGGACUUCACUACAAGAAAGAUUUUGGGAUUUUUUAGAAAGAUAUGGUUUCCGUUAUGGUGAUAAUUUCACUCGGACUCUGCUCCCUUGCGAGGUGAAGGAAAUGCUGAAAAAAAUUCCCAAUGAGACCAGAAAAAAGCUUGCUGGUAGAGGUUAUUAUCCUCAGGAUGGAUAUAUCUUGCAGUAUUUACCAGUUCCUCCCAACUGUUUGUCCGUACCAGAAAUUUCUGAUGGUGUUACUGUCAUGUCUUCGGAUCCAGCUGUCUCAAUGCUGAAGAAAAUUCUUAAGCAAGUGGAAAUCAUCAAAGGUUCUAGGUCUGGCGCUCCAAAUUUUGAAUCGCAUGAAGUAGAAGCUAAUGACUUGCAAUUGGCUGUCGAUCAAUAUCUCCAAGUUAGGGGAACUGUUAAGGCAUCUCGUGGCAUAGAUGCACGAUUUGGUGUUAAUAAAGAGUUAAAUGAUCCUUCCACAAAAGCAUGGCUUGAGAAAAUGAGAACUUUGUUUAUUCGAAAGGGCUCUGGUUUCUCUUCUCGCAGUGUGAUUACUGGAGAUGCUUACAAACUAGUUAAUGAAAUUGGCGUGCCUUUUGAAGUUGCACAAAGGAUCACAUUCGAGGAGAGAGUUAGUGUGCAUAACAUAAGAUAUUUACAGGAACUGGUAGAUAAGAAGUUAUGUUUGACCUAUAGAGAUGGCUCUUCUGCCUAUUCACUUCGUGAAGGUUCAAUGGGCCAUACUUAUCUGAAACCUGGUCAAAUAGUUCACCGGCGGAUCAUGGAUGGAGACAUUGUUUUCAUUAACCGGCCUCCAACUACUCAUAAACAUUCUUUGCAAGCUCUGAGGGUGUAUCUGCACGAUGAUCAUGUAGUCAAGAUCAACCCUCUAAUUUGUGGACCCUUGAGUGCGGAUUUUGAUGGUGACUGUAUUCAUUUAUUUUAUCCUCAGUCCAUUGCAGCAAAAGCUGAGGUGUUGGGACUUUUCUCUGUGGAAAAACAGCUGCUCAGCUCUCACAGUGGGAAUUUGAAUUUGCAGUUGGCUAAUGAUUCAUUGUUGUCUCUCAAGAUGAUGUUCAGGAAAUAUUUCUUGGGCAAAGCUGCUGCACAGCAACUGGCCAUGUUUGUUUCUUCAUAUCUGCCACCUCCUGCCUUAUUGGGAGUUCGUUCUGGAAGUCUUCAUUGGACUGCUUUGCAGAUACUGCAAACUGUGUUGCCUGCAAGUUUUGACUGCCAUGGGGAUAGUUACUUGAUAAAGAAUAGCAAUUUUCUUAAAUUUGACUUUGACAGAGAUGCUAUGCCAUCAUUAAUUAAUGAAAUUUUGACGUCAAUUUUUUUUCAGAAGGGUCCUGAAGAGGUUCUGAAAUUUUUUGAUUCUUUACAGCCGUUAUUGAUGGAACAUAUAUUUUCAGAAGGUUUCAGCGUCGGCUUGGAUGAUUAUUCCAUGCCCAUGGCAUUUUUACAAGCUCUUCAAAAAAAUAUUCAAGUUUUAUCACCUUUGCUGUAUCAGUUAAGGUCAACAUUCAAUGAGCUGGUUGAGUUGCAGUUAGAGAAUCACCUCCGAUCGGUCAAAGUUCCAUUUACAAACUUUAUCUUAAAAUUAUCUUCAUUAGGGAAGUUAUUUGACUCUAAAAGUGAGUCUGCUAUUAAUAAAGUGGUUCAACAAAUUGGGUUUCUUGGAUUGCAGCUUUCUGACAAGGGAAGGUUUUAUUCCAAGUCAUUGAUUGAGGAUGUUGCCUCUUUGUUUCAUAACAGAUAUUCUUCUGAUAAAAUUGACUAUCCUUCUGCUGAAUUUGGUUUGGUCAAAGGCUGUUUUUUCCAUGGGUUGGAUCCGUAUGAGGAAAUGGUCCAUUCAAUUUCCACAAGAGAGGUAAUGGUUCGUUCAUCGAGAGGGCUUACUGAACCUGGAACUCUUUUCAAAAACUUGAUGGCCAUCCUUCGUGAUGUUGUCAUCUGUUACGAUGGUACUGUGAGGAACGUUUGUAGCAAUUCCAUCAUUCAACUUGAAUAUGGCAUGAAGGCUGGAAUGAUGCAGCCUUAUAGUUUAUUUCCUCCUGGUGAACCAGUUGGUGUUUUAGCAGCUACUGCCAUGUCGACUCCUGCUUAUAAGGCAGUUCUUGAUUCUACUCCUAGCAGCAAUUCAUCAUGGGAUAUGAUGAAGGAAAUUCUUCUUUGCAAGGUCAGUUUUAAGAAUGAACCUAUUGAUCGUCGGGUGAUAUUAUAUCUGAAUAAUUGUGCUUGUGGUAGAAAAUAUUGCAAUGAAAAUGCAGCGUAUGUGGUUAAAAGUCAUCUCAAGAAAGUCACCCUUAAAGAUGCGGCAAUGGAUUUCAUGAUUGAAUAUAACAGACAACCGACUCCCUCAGGGCUUGGUCCAGGGCUUGUUGGUCAUGUGCAUCUUAACAGGAUGCUCCUGAAAGAGUUGAAUAUAGACAUGACUGAGGUUUUACGAAGAUGCCAAGAAACUAUGAGUUCUUUCAAGAAGAAGAAGAAGAAAAUUGCUCAUGCUUUACGAUUCUCCAUCAGUGAACACUGCGCUUUCCAUCAAUGGAAUGGAGAAGAGAGUAUUGAUAUGCCGUGUUUAAUAUUCUGGCACCAGACAAGAGAUGUUCAUUUGGAGAGAACUGCACACAUCCUUGCUGACAUAGUCUUUCCCCUGCUUUCAGAAACAAUCAUCAAAGGUGACCCUCGGAUCAAGUCUGCAAGUGUGAUCUGGAUUAGUCCAGAUUCAACAAGCUGGCAAAAAAAUCCUUCCAGGUGGCAGGACGGUGAACUAGCCUUGGAUGUCUGUCUUGAAAAAUCGGCAGUGAAACAAAAUGGUGAUGCAUGGAGGAAUGUGCUGGACUGUUGCCUACCUGUUCUUCAUUUGAUUGAUACCAGACGAUCUGUUCCUUAUGCGAUUAAACAAGUUCAGGAACUGCUUGGCAUUUCAUGUGCUUUUGAUCAGAUGAUCCAGCGGCUUUCAAAGUCAGUGUCAAUGGUUUCAAAAGGAGUUCUUGGAGAUCAUCUCAUUUUGCUGGCGAACAGUAUGACAUGCACGGGAAAUAUGAUUGGCUUCAAUUCAGGUGGAUAUAAAGCAUUAUCUCGGGCACUGAAUAUCCAAGUACCAUUUACAGAAGCCACUUUGUUUACGCCAAGAAAAUGUUUUGAGAAAGCUGCUGAGAAAUGUCACAAGGAUUCUUUAUCAAGCAUAGUGGCUUCCUGUUCUUGGGGUAAACACGUUGCUGUCGGUACAGGAUCAAGGUUUGACAUCCUCUGGGACCAAAAAGAGUUAGGAUGCAAACAAGAUGAUGUUGUGGAUGUUUAUAACUUUUUACACAUGGUGAGAAGUGGUAAAUCAGAAGAGCCAACGUCUGCAUGCCUAGGUGAAGAGAUUGAGGAUAUAAUGGUAGAAGAUGAAUACGGUGAGUUGACUUUGUCUCCAGAGCCUUUCUCUACUUCUGAGAAGCCAGUUUUUGAAGACAGUGCUGAAUUUGAACACUGUUUGGAUAAUUAUCCUGGAGAAUCAAAGUGGGAGAAGGCUCCAUCACUUGGGGCAGUUUCCACUGGUGGUGGGCAGUGGGAAAGUAAUGAAAAUGGGAAAGCUACUAACUCGUCUGAUGGCAAUGACUGGUCUGGUUGGGGGAGAAAAGCUGAACCUGAUGUGACUGUUACAAAUGCCCAAGAGAAUACUUCAAACUCUGCUUGGGAUACUACGUCAAGUUGGGGAAAUAAAGCUACUAAUAGUUCAAACGACAAUGACUGGUCAAACUGUAGUACAAAAGAAGUUGAACGAGAUUCCUUUACUUCCAUGGAGAAGACUCCAAAAUCUGGAGGUUGGGAUUCUGCAUCUACGUGGGGGACAAAAACAAAAGAUGAUAGCUUUAAACGUGAAACAGCGCCUAAAAAAUCAAGUCAGUGGUCUGGUUUGCAGAAGGAUAAAGCUGAAACACAAGAUGCCUUCCAUAAAAAGGCUGAGAUGGCCUCUAAAUCUGGUGGAUGGGAAGAUAAGGCUUGGUCAAGAGGAACUUCUAAAACGGAAGAUAAUUGGUCUAGUCAGGUGAAGGAUAAAGCUGAAUCAUUCCAGGUUCAAGUGCAAGAAGUUUCUUCCAAAACCAACGGUUGGGGUUCUACAGGGGGUUGGACAAAGAAUUCUGGAGGUGAUCAUCAAUCUGAAGCAGGAUGGAAUGAUGGCCAGGCAUCAAUGGACCGAGAGAAGGUUUCUGAUAGAUGGGAUAGGAAGGCCACCCAAAAGUUGGAGAGCCAUCAGACAUCUAGUUGGGGUUCUCCAACUGUUGGUGACUCCAAGGAUAGCUUUCCAUCCAAAGCCGUGGACCAUAGUGAUUCAGUUGUCAAUCAUUCUUGGGAUCGACAGAAAUCACCAGAGGCUUCCCAGGGGUUUGGCAACGAUGCCUGGGGGCAGCAGAAAUCACGGGAUGUUAUAAAACCUUCACUUGCUAACAAUGAAUCAAAUCUAAGUGGCUGGGGCUCCCAAAUUGAGUCAAAUGAGGGAUCAGAUCAUGGGUUUGAUCAAGUUACCAAUGAGCAAAAAUCUUCUGAUACACGAGGCUGGGACUCUCAGGAGAAGACGGAUAAGCCAUGGGACAAACAGAAAUCUUUGGAGGCUUCACAAAGUUGGGGAUCCCAAAAUGACUCACUGGGUUCAUGGGGGCAACCCCAGAGGGCAUCUGAAGAAUGUAGUCGGGAAUCUCAGGAUGAUUCAAGUACACAGUUUAGUCAACUGAAACCUCCAGAAACUUCAUUAGGUUGGGAACAACAAAAAUCACCAGAAGUUUCUCAUGGUUGGGGUUCGAAUAAAGAGUCGAGCGAACAGACGAGUUCACAUGGAUGGGAUAAGAAGAACCAAGGGUCAAAAGGUUGGGGCGGAAAUGCUGGGGAGUGGAAAAAUAGGAAGAACCGUCCUCCGAAAUCUCCUGGAAUGUCGAAUGAUGAUGCUAAUUUACGUGCAUUAUAUACUGCAUCUGGACAACGGUUGGAUAUGUUUACCUCUGAAGAACAAGAUAUUCUUGCAGAUAUUGAACCCAUAAUGCAAUCUAUCAGAAAAGUUAUGCAUCAAUCUGGGUACAAUGAUGGGGAUCCUCUAUCUGCUGAAGAUCAAUCCUUUGUACUUCAAAGUGUAUUCAACUUCCAUCCUGACAAAGCUGCAAAAAUGGGCGCUGGAAUUGACCACUUCAUGGUUAGUCGGCACAGCAGUUUUCAGGAAAGCAGGUGUUUUUAUGUUGUGACAACCGACGGCCAUAAAGAGGAUUUUUCAUAUCGUAAAUGCCUUGAUAAUUUCAUCAAAGGAAAGUAUCCUGACCUGGCUGAAAUGUUUGUCGCCAAGUACUUUAGGAAACCUCGUCCAAAUAGAAACCGAGACCGUAACCCCGCAUCUGAGGAAAACGAGAAUAAGAGCAUAGGUGGAGAGCUGACUCCGAUUCCAGAAGAAGCUCAAAAUGGCAGUCAACAAUAGUGAUGGUAUCUUGGCUUUUGAAUAGCUCACAACUCCUCUUCUAUAAUACCAGAGGUAAAACAAAUGAUCACACUGUCUGCUAUUUUUAUUGUACAUAGGAGGCAGAUGGUUUUGCACGUGUGGUGUCAACAAGAGCAAGAAAUUUCCAGCUUUUUAGCAAGCUUCAGGUCUUCUUUCCCCAUAUAUAUAAAAAGCAGUUCUCUGUUCAUUGGUGUUUGACUUGUUCUGUUGCAUUAGAAGUUGAUUAGGCUGUCUUUUUAUCAUCUUGUUCUACAAAAAAAGGUCAGUUCAUUACUAAUUCUCUUAGGCUCUCCCAAUCCCAACUUCUCCUAAAGCCUUAAGAAUUUGACUUAGCAAUUGAAAACGACACAACUAUUGUACUUGCUAUACUUGCUGGUUGUUGCAAACCUUGCCUCCUAUGAAAAGGUUGUUUGUGUAUGUUGAAGAUUCAAUGAUUCCGACUCCCAACAACAGUUGCCAUCUGUAUUGAUAGUGGAAGCCCCACUUGAUUUGAUGUACAUAGCCUCAAAACAAGAUUUUUCUGUUCAAUUUCAAUAGUUAGAGUGAUUUUGAAAUGGAUGCACCGACCAAUAUCUAUACAAUUUGGUUUUUCCCCCUUAGUUUUAA